UGAGAGUAGUAGCCAACGUUAAUUAUAAAGCUAGUCGCAACUGUAGAAUAAAAAUGUAUAUAGCUUAAUGCAUGCGUUGAAAAAUGGAAAUGGACGGCUUGAGUAGCUAGCAAACAAAAUAAUAACAACAAAAUUUAACUGGCGGCCCCCACUGACAAUGUCUGUUGCGACUUUGCUACAUAUACAUAUAUAUAUGUGUGUGUAUGUGUAUGUAUGCAUGUGUGUAUAUAAUCGACAAGACUGAAUAAACAAAAGAAACGAGCAGAAACGAAAAGUAUUUGCCUAUUGAAUAUUGGGAACUAGUGGCUUGAACAUGGAGAUACCCAUAUCCAAUAUCCUGCUGCUUUGUCUAAUAUUUCUGUUAAUUGGCGGCGUUAUCAUGAUACUGCUGCAGUAUCUGAUAUUCAUCAAGUUCUCCAAUCUGCCCGACGAGAGCGAGGAGCAGAAGCAAAUGAAUGCCAAGUAUACGCUGCCCCAGAACAUUAAGCACACUGCGCGGCAUCUGAAGACGCAAAUUGAGGGCAACAACUGCGAGCACAAGGAUAACCAUGCACAGGACUCCUCGGCCUUGGCCUCGCUAAACUUUGUCAUGCAGUUUCUGUUUCACGAAUUCAAGAACUCCAAUCGUGUGCGCAAAUGGUUCUAUCGCAAGCUUUCCAUUGAGCUGGACGAGCUCAUUACCAAAACCACCACAGGCAAGCUGCUGGACAAGCUAACGAUCAAGGAGCUGGAGCUGGGCGAUCAGUUUCCGGACAUUAAAUCAAUGUCGGUGCACAAUGUGCAGCUGGACGAGGCGGAGCAGCGCAUUGAGAAUCUGGACUUGCUGCUGGAUAUUAAUUAUAUAGGCAACUUUUCCACCUCCAUUGAUGCGGACAUGGUGCUGGGCAAAAAGGGCUCCAUUAUGCUGAAGGUUAAACAGCUUUCGGGCAUGGCGCGUCUGCAGUUUACGCGACGUCCGUAUACGCAUUGGUCGCUCAGCUUUCUGGGCGAUCCGGAGCUGAAUUUGGUCAUCGAGUCCAAGUACCAGGGCCGCCAAAUGCAGUCGAACAUCACCAAUCUCAUCUCCAAUCAAAUCCGCAAGGCUGUGCGCCGCAAGCACACGCUGCCCAACUACAAGCUGCGCUACAAGCCCUUCUUCCACUGGACCGCCGACGAGGAGGCCAACGACUGUGACAUUCAACCCAAUGGCCGGCUGACGGUGCGUGUGGCGGAGCUGUCGCGUCUGAUGCAUUGGCCUGGCGUCGCCGAAGUCUACUGCAGCAUUACGCUGGCGCCUGUGCCGUUUAUUGAGGCGCAGCAGCGGGAUAAUCGCCAUGUGCUCAUCACACUGGAUGUGCUUGUGCACAAGGCGAAGAAUCAACAGAUUGGCAUUGUGUUCAAGCAGAGCAGCGGUCAGGCGGUCAAGAUUGAGUCGGUGUUGCCCAAUACGCCCGCCUGCAAAUCAAAUCUGCAGAGCGGCGACGCACUGGUUGCCAUUCAGGGCAAACCCGUGAGCAGCAUUCAGCAGAUAGCCAAGGUGGUCAAGAAUCUGCAGUCGACAGUUUGCAGUCUGCGCAUUGAGCGGCUUAUCCCUGGAAUUAUACGCAACGAUGCCAUACUGGAGGAUCUGGAGAAGUAUGACGAUCUCUGCGAUAUGCGACAGCAGCAGCAGCAACAGCGGCUGGAGAGCGAGGAGCAGCUGACGGCUGAGCUGAGCGCCAAGCAUUUGGCAGUCAAGGCACGCGGCUCCAACGACUCCAGUCUGAGCGGCACGCCCACCAACUCGCCCAAGAAGUCCAACAUCAUAGCCAAGGCCAUCAAGAAGACCAUGAGUCGAGAGAGUCCAGACACGCAGAAGGACAGAGAGCUGAGGGAGAAGCCCAAAGUGGAGGAGGCCAGCGUAGCGCUCGAGGAGGUCAACUACUUCUAUCAGCACUCCACCAUAGACUGCGCCUUCAAGGAGCUCAUCCACAUGGACGAUGUCUGCCACUUUCAGCUGGACGCCAACAGUCGUUACCUCAAUGUCUGCGUCUUUGGCAAAUGCGCGGGCGAACGCGUGCUCCUGGGCUACAACAACAUACAGAUCAGUCAGGUGCUCGGCGAAUGCAGCGAGACGAGCCUCAAUCAGUGUCUCAAGCAGCUGGCGCUGAAUCCAGCAGCGCUUAUCAACAGCAAGACGCAUGUGCUGUCCAAUCAGUCGGGCUUUAAUCCGAAUCUGUGCUUUGGCGACAUCACCUUUGGCUUCUCCUGGCUGGGCAAUCCCAAUGCGACAGCAAGCGACAGUUCAGCUGCAGCCAAGAGCAGCAGCAGCAGCAGCAGCGGCAAAUCCCAAUCGCCAGCCAGAAAUCAGGCGAGUGCUGUAGGCGCGCAGGACGAGCUGAGUGCUGGUGGGGAUAGCAACUCGUUGAAGUCGGGCACUCUGUCAGCGGAUAGCGCCAUCUCGAGCGGCACACGUUCGAGCGAUGCGUCUGUGUCCAAGGCGCACAAUUUUAUACGCACGCAUUUCCAUCGUGCCACACAGUGCGACUUUUGUGGCAAGAAGAUCUGGCUGAAGGAUGCCAUGCAGUGCAAGGACUGCGCCUUCUGCUGCCACAAGAAAUGCAUUGCCAAGUGCCAGAUUGCCACAGUCUGCGGGCCAGUUGACUGCAUAAGCGUUGGAGCCAUUAGCACACAGCCCGGUGGCAACUCAGUAGUGGUCAACAAGCCGGAGUUUACAAUCACGCAGGCGGACUACGAGGAGGACUUUGAGGGCGGCAGAGAGGAGUCACCGAUGGAGCCAGCGCUCGAUGUGCAUCGCGCCAGCCUUACGGGCAUGUUGGCCCAAGGCAUCAAGCGGCAGGCGAGCAACUUGGACAUACCCGGCAUAGUGUCCACGCUCACCGGCACCGGCAGCAGCUCGCCACAGUUGAAUUCCAAAAGCUUGCCGCCCAGCCCACAGCACACGCCGUGCUCACGCAAAGUUUCCAUUUCGGAGGAGGCCACAGCAUUGUCCAAUCGCAGCAGCAGUGUGAAUCCGUUUGAGCUGGUCACGCCGCAGCUGGCGGCACUUGGCGCCGAGUGCACCACAUUGAGCUAUGAGCAGGUCAGUCUGCUGACCGAGCCGAUACUGCGGCAUGCACGUCACGAGGAUUUGAUGAAUCUGGCCAAGAGCUACAGCAAGCAGCUCUAUGCCGAGUCGCCGCCCACAGAGCGUGUACACAAAAUCAAUGAACUGCUUACGAACCUGAAGCUGGCACUGGAUGCCGAGACUGAGGGCUAUAGCGAUGCCGAGGAGGCCACCAGUCAGCAGCACAGAAUGGAAAGCAAGUCCGAGGAGCGUGUCCAGGCGCUGAGCAUUAUCAUGUUGUAUCUAUGCACGGGACUGCAGCAUGCCCAGGGCAGUGUUAACGCUUAAAUGGCAAAACGUACGCAUACUUAUUUAUUAGACUGUACUCGUAAUUGUGUUAGUGAGAACCUACAAAGCAUACAUACACAUACACAUAUACAUUAACUAUAUGUAUAUGCAUUUUAUAGAUUCUGUGUUGUGGCUUCGAUUUAUGUUCACACAUAUUGAUAUGUCGUAUACUUAAUUUAC